CUGAGCGGGGAGGACGACCACCACAAGCAACAAUCAGUGGAAACAAAGGCCGACGCGGAGGACUAUGCCCAAGCCUUGGAGGUAUACUUGCAAGACGUAGAAGAAUUCCAGCAAUGGGCCUGUUCGGAGCGAGGCAAGUCCAACGAUGCCGGCAUCGACUUCUUCCACCGCGACCUGGUGCGGUACCGUACCGCUCUGGCGACCUUGGCGGCCUUCGGCGUGAGGGGCAAGAUCGCCAAAAGCGAGCACAAGUGA